AUGGCCAAAAAAAUAAAAAAGGCUCCAUCGAUCUUUACGAACAAUGUGCAGGAGCAAUCCAGUGAUCGGCACAAACAAGAUCUGGAGCAUCAGGAUGAGUUUAGCGCUGAUUUUAGCUUUUUCAGCCACGAAACUGAAGAAGAGCCGAUGGAUUCCAAGUCACCGGUCUCCGUUGAGCCUCCUCUUACCCUAGAUGAAAGCGACAUUUUAGAGCAGGUGAUCCGUAAAAAAAGGGAGCUUCUUGAUCUCUUGUCUCCUUCUUCAAUGCCAAAAUCUACUUUCAACCUAAACACUAACAUUGACCCUAGUGGGGAAUUUUCAGAUUCCGACUCCGACCUGCCAAUGGCAUCUGAAUUUGAUACCGGCUCACAUAGCGUUGACACCGAUUCUUCUGCUGUCGACUCACCCUUGAUUGAGAAGCUUUGCACUGUUUCACAGCAAGCAGCAUCUUUCACCGACUUUCAAUUGUCAAGACCUUUGCUGAAGGCAAUUACGAUUCAGUUGGGAUUUGUGCAGCCUACCCCAAUUCAAUCUGCUGCAAUUCCGAUAAUCCUUACCGGGAGAGAUGUUUUUGGAUGUGCCGUAACAGGGUCUGGAAAAACUGCUGCCUUUGCCAUCCCAACCAUUGAGCGCCUUCUUCAGGCCCAAGUGGGGGCAAAAUCUUCCUCCGCAAUCAGGGUUUUGGUCCUUCUUCCAACCCGCGAGCUUGCAUCGCAGUGUACCGAGGUCUGGAGACUUCUUUGCCAUUAUUCAACGUUGGGCAUUUGUUUGUUAGCUGGCGGCCUAUCUAUUGCAACCCAAGAAGCCGAGCUUCGCCGUCUUCCAGAUAUCAUUGUGGCGACUCCAGGUCGCCUGGUCGAUUUGCUACACAAUUCAUCUGCAAUCAGUUUAGACUCCAUUGAGGUUCUCAUUCUUGAUGAGGCCGAUAGAAUGUUGGAAGAUGGGUUUUCCGACGAACUAAAUUUCAUCAUCAAGUCGUGUCCUCGGCAACGACAAACGAUGCUGUUCAGUGCCACACUCGGAACGACGGCCGCAAUUGAUGGGCUGGCAAGACUGUCCCUGGUAAGGCCCAUUCAGCUGCAAAUCAAUUCUGCAGAGGCAAUUGCAUCCAGGCUUAGUCAGGAAUUUAUUCGUGUCCGGUCUCUCCCUGAAAACGAGACCAGAGACGCACUACUAGUGUCACUACUUGAAAUCCUGACUUGUCCAAAAUCGGAUGACACGGAUAAAAGUUCCUCUGGUAUAAUCGUCUUUUUCCCAUCGAAAGAUCGAACGCAUAAGGCUCGUAUUUUGCUCGGUCUUCGGGGAUUACCUUCUUCCAUACACGAACUUCAUGGAGAUCUCACUCAAAUUCAGCGCUCUACAUCCCUUGCUAAAUUCAAACAAUCUGUGUGCGAAGGAAAGGGCUCUAUUCUUCUAUGUACCGAUGUGGCAGCCAGGGGGCUUGACAUUCCCGGAAUCUCGACAGUCAUAAACUGGUCAUUGCCUUCAGAAUACAUAAAGUAUCAGCAUAGGAUUGGAAGAACAGCUAGAGCCGGCCGCUCAGGGAGGGCAAUUUCUCUUGUUGGCGAAUCCGAUCGAAAGGUGCUCAAAUCAGCCAUAAAAAAUGGCGGUUCGUUGGUGUCGCAAAGGACAAUUCCAAGUGAACGAUUAAUAGAAGCUGCCAAAUGGAUUUCUUCCGUUGAAAUUCAAGUGGCCGAGAUCCUUGUCGAGGAGAGCGAGCAGAAAAAGCUUUUAAUUGCCGAGAGAGAUUUGAAGCGGGCCGAAAAUCUUGUGCAACACUCCAAGGCCAUCAACGCUCGACCGAAACGUACUUUCAUUUCCAAGAAAAACAAACAAUAA